AUGAAGAAAAUGAUAACGAUGAUGUCUUAGAGAUAAAUGAACAACUACGUCGUCUUGAGACGCUUGCCAUAAUUGAUCCCUAUGAGGUCAAUUCAGAAUGGUCGAAAUUCGUAUACCAUUCAAAUCUGAUUAAAAUGGUUAUUGCAUUAUUUAAGACAGAUAUGCCGGCAGCAUGCUUGAUUUGGAAACGACACACUUCUGCUUUGUUACCCCAUUUGAAUGAGAAAGAAAUUUGUCAACUUCUCAGUUUAAUACCGAGUCAUAUUGAACCCUUCAACAUAGUGCAAUGGCUGCGACAAUUCGUGCCCACUGUCAGUAAGACACAUCCAAAAUUAAUGCCAUACUUUGCCGAAUGGAGUAUACAAAAAACGAGAACAUUGCAAUACGCUGAACAUUGGCCGGAAAUUGGGUUGGAAUUUGCAACCAAAGUGGCAGAGAUAUUCGAGGAAAUACGUUUUAUGCAUUGCGAUGUACGCCGUCAGCAUGACCGCAAUAUUGCUAAAUUGCACGAUCUCGUUAAUGCGCUUCAGGAUCUGUCCGUUCUGAAAAAACGUUAUAACCUAAUAUUCACGCUGGAUAAUUAUCUAAAGGAUUCAAUCGACGAAACAGCGCUCUGCAUCUUGCAACGCGUUCAUUUGGAUAAUUUGAAAAGUCUUGUAUAUGAUUUUCUCUAUCCUAUUUUUCAAGAGAAGGGCAAAACGCCAGUGAAGGCUUUACGUCAAUAUAUUUCGCUUUUGGUAGUUAAUCGCAAUUCACUGAGCACUUGGUUAGGGCGCUCUGUGGCGUGCAUUGAUUUGCUGCACAACGAAGACGAUCGACUCGAAUGCGCGCUGCUGGUUUUGCAGCGUGCACCAGUGCCCUGGCCGGAAAUAUCAAAUCCGCUUGUAAAAUUGCGCUACUCCACACAUCCACUCGCAUUGAAAAUUAAUACAGAAUAUGAGAUACAAGUUAUAAAAAUUAUGAAAGUCAAAUACGGCUGGCCAGCAGAUAGUAAUACAGACAUUAGUUUGCCACUUUUUAUGCUACGCGUCGUUAAAAUGCAGCUGCCCGAUAUGUUGGAUGAUAUACGUUUGCUGACCAAAGCUGCGCCAGAAGUGGCAACAAGCGCCAGUUUUACUUGUUGUCAUGAGCUAGUGCGCAGCAACAAACCUGAACUUGCUUAUGAAUAUUUCAAAUUGCUCAGAGAUGAUAAGAACAUGAAGGCGUGCAUGAAGGUCAUUGAAACUUACGCGGAUAUGCUAGAGAACUGCGCGCCGCCAACUGACGACAAAGACAUGGAAGAACAAAAAAAUAUGUUGGAAUUUUUCAAAUUAAUUGUGCCGCAUGCUGCUUGCCGCAGUGUUGAACAACAAAUGCACGCCAUACAGCAACGUUUCGUGCUGUGUCACAAGUUUCGCUUGCACGUAAGCACCGUCAGUGAAUUUGUGCCGCUCUCCCAACGGUUGCAAUUACUCGAUCGUGGCUUUGAAUGCGUAAUGGAUCAAAGCCAAGCAACAGUAAAUGUGCCUGGCAAAUUGGUGCCGCCACUUCCCGACGCAGAAAACAAUUACGUACGAAAAUACAAGUAG